UCCAGUUUUCGUUUCUUCUGGAUUUUUUUCAAAACGCGUCGGUGUCGGAGAAACAUAACGUUAACGGGCGAUGGCGGCUGCGGAGAAAUCUGAGCAAGAAAGCGAGGCAGAGGAAGAUGUGUAUGAGGUCGAAAGGAUAGUGGACAUGAAAAUUUCGGAGGGUCAAGUUUUGUACAGAGUUCACUGGAAAGGCUACUCUUCUGAAGAUGAUACUUGGGAGCCAGAGGCUCAUUUGGAGGACUGCACAGAAGUGCUGCAAGUUUUCAAACGGAAAGCAGCAGAAAAAUCACCUGCAAGAGACAAUCGGAAGCUUGCCUUAGACAAAGAUAUUUUUGAAGAUGAAUCUGAUGAUGAUUAUGGUGGGGCAAAAGAAAUCUCUUCACCAAAGACCAAAAAGAAGAAGAAGAGAUCGAAAACUGAAUUGGACACGAAACAGUACAGUCCCAAAAUGGGGAAAAAAGUGAAAUCCAGCAGAUCAAAUAGUGAUGAUCUAAGAGACAACUCGAUGGAAAAUCUGAGAGAUCUCUCAGAUGAUGAUAAAAUGAAGAAAAUGACUUUAACUGAUUUGAAGAAACUGAAGAAAAAACACAUUGAGACACACAAGUUUUUAUUGGAACCAGCCCCACAAGAUGACUUUUUAUUAGAAACACCAUUAACGCUCGAAUGCAAAGAUCGGGAAAAAUUGGAUUCUACAAAUACAAUCUUUGAGCAAUCUAAGGAGCUGGACGAACCAGACACCCCUUCAGCAUCUAAGAGAUCUUUGGAAAGUUCUGAAGAAGAUGACUUUGAACUUAAGUUAAAGAGUAAAAAAAAGAAAAGGGACAAAGUGGAUAAUGCCAAGCAAGAGAUGAAGUUACCAAAACAGAAUAAAAAUCAGAAAGAAGAUUAUUUAGAGAAGAAAAAUAUAAAUAAAGAGAAUAGCAGUCAUGCCAAGAAACACAAAAGUCAUGAGAAACGUAAAGAAAAUUUAUUGUCUUUAAAAUCAGAUGGAACUGAAAUUAAAGUUCCAAAACUUCAGCUAGAAUCCAAAAACAGAAAGUCGGUGGAUGGGGAAAACAGUGCCACUCCUAAACCUGAUUCUGUGAAAUUGAUGAAAAAAUUGAGCAAAAUACAUAAUGUGAUUGAUACUUCUCGAUCUGGGACUGAGAAGAUAAUUCAUGGUUCUGAAUCAAAUGUAACAACUUCAGGACAGCCACCCCUAUUCACUGAGCCUAGUCUCUUUGACAAAUUACGACUGGAUUGUGACGUUAGUAGAGAAAAUGUGAAGGUUGAUAAGUCAAACUGGUUAGCAAUAAAUACUGAGAAGCUGGAAACAGUUAAAAGCAUAACCCAGCCCUAUUCCCGAGAAAAGUUGGGAAAGAAAGGUGAACCACCUAAAGAGAUAUCUGAUAAGAGGCAGGAUAUAGACAAAGGGCGAAAGGAACAAAGUGUGGACCACAGUAAUCGAGAGGUGAAGGGCCUUUUUGACAAGUUCCUCAUUCCCUUUACUGAUGUUACUGAUUAUGAGGACAGGGAAAAUAAAGAUGUAGUUUCUCAUGAACCUAAAUUUGAGGAGAAUAGAAAUAAAGAGAAUCAGCUACAAAAAUAUAAGAAAAAGGAGAAUGAUUCACGAAUGCAGACAGCACUUGAAGAAACCCAUAAAAUUCUUGAUACCAUGCCUCAGACUGAAGAGAAUGCAGAUGGCAAAAUGCUGAAGUUGGGUGUGGACCUACAACUUGACUGGAUGACAUUGGAAGAUUUUCAAAAACAUCUGGAUGGAAAUGAUGAUUUGCAUUCUCCACCAAAAGUAAUAUCCAAUAGUGUGUUGCGCGAUGCAGUGAAAAAUGGAAACUACCUGACAGUAAAACUGGCUCUAAAUUCAAGUGAAGAAUAUAAUCUGGAUCAAGAGGACCCUAGUGGAAUGAAUCUAGUCAUGUUUGCAGCUGCUGGAGGACAGGAUGAUAUCCUUAGAUUGCUCAUCAAGAAGGGUGCAAAGAUCAGUUCUCGACAAAAAAAUGGUACCACUGCACUGAUGCAUGCAGCUGAGAAGAAUUAUCUGACAACAGUCGCUAUUCUUCUGGAGGCAGGUUCCCAAGUUAAUGCUCAACAGAUCAGUGGAGAAACUGCACUAAUGAAGGCUUGUAAGAGAGGAAAUGCUGACAUAGUAAGGCUUCUUCUGGAAUAUGGUGCAGAUUGUGGCAUCCUUUCUAAACAUCAGAACAGUGCUCUGUAUUAUGCUAAGCAAAGCAACAACAUACUAGUCUAUGACUUGUUAAAGAAUCAUGUGGAAACCAUAUCCAGAGUGGCAGAUGAGACAAUUAGGGAUUACUUUGAAGCACGUCUGUCAUUGCUGGAACCUGUGUUUCCUGUAGCUUGUCACCGACUUUGUGAAGGCCCAGACUUUGCUUUGGACUUCAACUACAAACCUCAGCACAGUUCAGUUGAAGGAACUGGAAUUCUACUCUUUAUCUUUCAUGCAAAUUUUUUUAGCCAUGACCAUAUAGUGGCUAAACUCUGUGGAUCGUGCAGUGUUCAGGCUGUUAUUCUAAAUGAUAAAUUUCAGCUUCCUGUAUUCUUGGAUAGUCAUUUUAUUUAUUCCUUCAGUCCUGUGCCUGGCACUAAUAAAUUAUUUAUUAGACUUGCUGAAGCACCUACUGCCAAGGUAAAGCUACUUAUUUGUGCAUAUAGAGUCCAACUCCAGUGAAUGUCUGCAGUGCAGUUCUGAACAUGAAAUAAGUAGGACUGAUAGAUUGUGAGAGCAAUGUGUUUUCACGGACAGCACCUCCCAGGAUGGUUGGAAUUUUUGUUUACCAAAGUCUGUCCAUGUGUGUCUGGAAAUAUUCCUUUUGGACCUGUUACAAACUGAAAUAUAUUGAAAGUUUUACACAAACUAAUUACUAUAUAGUUUUUAAAGUUGUCAUUUUGUAGGUGGCAGUCAGUAUUUGUUAAAUAGCUGGUGCAGUAUCUAUUUGCAUGUGAGAAUCUCUACAGACUUCUUCCACAAUGUGGAAAAGUGGUAAUACUCCAACUUUUGAAUAUUUAUGAAAGGUACAUCUGAACAAGCUGAUACCUUUUGCCUGUCAGCCUGCCACUUUUUUCUUGAUUUGUUGCAGAGCAGAUUUAAUUGGUUUAUUUUUGCUUGUGUCACAUGCCAUUCCAGUACGAAUGGCAAGUUGGCCUCUAAUUGGCAAAAAGUGGUAAAGCCCAACACCAUUGCCAGGAUCAAUUUCACAUUUAAAAAAAUCAAGCUUGUGACAUCACUACCAUGUCAUUUGUUUAUUGGUGUACCACUGGCAGUAGUUUACUAUUUAUGAAUCUGUAUAGUGUAUCAUGUAAAGUUGCAUUUUAAACUUAUUCUGGCAUUCCUUUCAAAGUCAUUGUAUAAAUGGCAAUAACUGCAUUUGACAACAUUUCUUGUCUGACAUGUACAAAUAUCCAUUGAACUUUUGUUUUUGAAUGUGAAUGUAUUAGUGACCCUUUGAAGCAAGCAGUUAGGAACUAUUAUCGAUUUGAUGGUUGUUUUAUUUUAAAUUAGUAUGUAGAGCUCAUGUUGGCAUUAUAGGAUAGCCUUUAAGAGCUAUUAAUGGUUCUUGUAUUUUUUUUUAAGGUAAGCACUGGUAUAUACUACAGUACUUAAAUAAUUGCAUGCUUUAAGAAAUGUGAAUAUACCUUGGAUUACACAUUUCCACAUGUGCCUUAGUUUUCUUCCUAGUUGUACUGUAUAAAUUACCAGUAUGUGCCUGAACUGUUGCAAAUACUACCAAAAAAUGCUGACUUAAGGAAUGUGAUAACAAAAGUUGUUCUUUCCCACCAUGUGAAAGCUAAUUUCAAUUAUUUUGUAAAUUUUAUGUAAAAUAUAAUUUCUAAUAUUUAUC